GCAGCAAAUCUCACAGAGCCCUCGCAGCUGCCUCUGCUCGUCCCAGGGCUGGGGAAGGACGGCGCUUCCGGGGCCUGUGUGUGUCAGUGCCAGCUCUGCAUCCCGAAAAUCCUGCAUCCCGAAAAUCCUCAGGCCUGGGCAUCCCUGGGAGCCUCACGGCUUCUCUGGGGAUGGCAAGAUGGCACAAGACAGAGAAGAGUGGCGUGGCUAUAUACAAUUUCAAAGGCACAGGGACACCACAACUAUCUCUACAGAUUGGUGAUGUGGUCCAUAUCCUGGAGUCCUGUGAGGAUUGGUACAAGGGUUACCUAGUGAGGUACAAAGGAGCAGAGGGAAUAUUUCCUAAAUCCUUCAUCCACAUCAAGGAAGCUGCUGCAGAAAAGAAAAGACAUACAGAAAAUGUUAUACCUGCUGAGAUUCCCUUAGUCCAAGAAGUUACCACUACUCUGUGGGAAUGGGGAAACAUCUGGAAGCAGCUCUAUGUGACAAAUAAAAAAGCCCGGUUCCAGCAGGUGCAGUCCAUGAUGUGUGACUUGAUGGAGUGGCGGUCACAGCUUCUGUCCGGGACCCUGCCAAAAGAUGAGCUCAAAGAACUCAAACAGAAAGUCACAUCCAAAAUUGACUAUGGUAACAAAGUCCUUGAGCUAGACCUGAUAGUUAGAGAUGAAGAUGGAAAUAUCCUGGACCCAGAUAAAACCAGUGUUAUCAGCCUGUUUCAUGCACAUGAAGAAGCAACUAAUAAAAUCACUGAGCGAAUUAAAGAGGAAAUGUCAAAGGACCAACCAGAUUAUGCAUCAUACUCCCGAAUGUCUUCAUCCCCCACGCACAGCCUGUAUGUCUUUGUGAGGAAUUUUGUUUGCCGAAUUGGAGAGGAUGCAGAGCUCUUUAUGUCCCUGUACGAUCCACAGAAGUCAACAAUUAUAAGUGAGAACUACUUGGUGAGAUGGGGGAGUCGAGGCUUUCCAAAGGAAAUUGAUAUGCUCAACAAUCUCAAAGUGGUGUUCACAGAUCUUGGAAAUAAAGACCUUAGCAGAGACAAAAUAUAUUUAGUUUGCCAAAUAGUGCGAGUGGGAAGGAUGGACCUGAGAGACAGUAACUCACGGAAAUACACACAAGGGCUGCGGCGGCCCUUUGGCGUGGCAGUCAUGGAUAUUACAGAUAUUAUAAAAGGAAAAUCUGAAAGUGACGAAGAAAAGCAGCAUUUCAUUCCCUUUCAUCCGGUAGUGGCAGAGAAUGACUUUUUACACAGUCUCCUAAGCAAAAUCACUGCAUCCAAAGGAGACAGUGGUGGACAAGGUCUGUGGGUAACUGUGAAAAUGCUGGUUGGAGACGUGAUUCAGACUAGAAAGGAUUACCCAACUGUGAAAAUGCUGGUUGGAGACGUGAUUCAGACUAGAAAGGAUUACCCACACCUUGUAGACAGAACCACGGUUGUUGCUAGAAAGCUGGGAUUCCCUGAAAUAAUCAUGCCAGGAGAUAUAAGAAAUGACAUAUAUAUUACAUUGCUGUAUGGAGAUUUUGAUAAAUACAAUAAAACAACUCAGAGAAAUGUGGAAGUGAUAAUGUGUGUCUGUGAUGAAGAAGGAAAAGUGUUGCCAAAUGCUGUGUGCCUGGGAGCAGGGGACAAACCUGUCAGCGAGUACAGAUCAGUUGUUUACUAUCAGGUCAAGCAGCCACGAUGGAUGGAGACAUUGAAGGUAGCAGUCCCCAUUGAGGACAUGCAGAGGAUUCAUCUGCGCUUCAUGUUCAGGCACAGGUCCACUCAAGAGUCUAAAGAUAAGGGAGAAAAGAAUUUUGCAAUGGCCUACAUAAGACUAAUGAAGGAGGAUGGAACAACUCUCCAUGAUGGCAUCCACGAUUUGUUAGUCCUAAAGGGGGACAGUAAAAAAAUGGAGGAUGCUGGUGCUUAUUUGGCAUUGCCUUCUACACGUCUGCACAUGGAAAACAAAGGAGCAACCUUAGUCAGGAGCUCAAGUAUUGUUGGGGGGCUUUCAGUCAGCUCUAGAGAUGCAUUUUACAUCUCAACUCUUGUUUGUUCUACAAAGUUAACUCAGAAUGUGGGCUUGCUGGGUCUCUUGAAGUGGCGCAUGAAGCCAGAGCUGCUUCAGGAAAACCUGGAAAAGCUGAAGAUUGUGGAUGGAGAGGAAGUAGUGAAGUUUCUCCAGGAUACAUUGGAUGCCCUGUUUAACAUCAUGAUGGAGCAUUCCCACAGUAAUGAGUAUGACAUCCUUGUCUUUGAUGCACUGAUCUAUAUCAUAGGGCUCAUUGCAGACCGUAAGUUUCAGCACUUUAACACUGUUUUGGAAGCAUAUAUCCAACAGCACUUCAGUGCAACCUUGGCAUACAAGAAAUUAAUGAGUGUUCUGAAGAUAUACUUGGAUACUUCCAGCCGAGGGGAGCAAUGUGAACCUAUCCUCAGAACUCUGAAAGCACUGGAAUAUGUUUUCAAGUUCAUUGUUAGAUCAAGGACAUUAUUUUCCCAAUUAUAUGAAGGCAAAGAACAAACAGAAUUUGAAGAAUCAAUGAGAAGACUCUUUGAAUCCAUCAACAACCUGAUGAGAAGCCAGCAUAAAACUGCCAUUUUGUUGCAGGUUGCUGCCUUGAAGUACAUACCAUCAGUUCUUCAUGACGUUGAAAUGGUUUUUGAUGCCAAAUUACUGAGCCAACUACUAUACAAAUUUUACACUUGCAUCCCACCAGUGAAACUACAGAAGCAGAAAGUGCAGUCCAUGAAGGAAAUUGUACGCAGCAACCUUUUUAAAAAGCAAGAAUGCAGGGACAUUCUGCUUCCUGUGAUUACAAAAGAGCUGAGGGAAUUACUGGAACAGAAGGAAGAUCAGCAGCUCCAGCUCCAGGAGAGGAAGUACUGUGUUGAAUUACUUAACAGCAUCCUGGAGGUGCUGAGCUGUCAGGAACCUGCUUCAACUUUUCACCAUAUUCAAGAAAUAAUGGUGCAGUUACUACGCACAGUGAACAGAACUGUUAUUACAAUGGGACGAGAUCCAUUAAUUAGUCAUUUUGUGGCGUGCAUGACAGCGAUCCUAAACCAGAUGAAUGACCAGCAUUAUUCAGUGUACAUUGAAACUUUCCAGAAAAGUUCAGAACUAGUGGACUUCUUGAUGGAAACAUUCAUAAUGUUCAAAGAUCUCAUUGGGAAGAACGUUUAUCCCUCGGACUGGAUGGCCAUGAGCAUGGUGCAGAACAGGGUCUUUUUGAGAGCCAUCAACAAAUUUGCAGAGACAAUGAACCAGAAAUUUUUGGAGAACAUGGAUUUUGAAGUCCAACUGUGGAACAACUAUUUUCAUUUGGCUGUGGCUUUUAUUACUCAAGAUUCACUACAGCUAGAAAACUUUUCCCAUGCAAAAUACAACAAAAUCCAGAACAAAUAUGGAGAUAUGAGACGUUUAAUUGGCUUUGCUAUCCGUGACAUGUGGUACAAACUUGGCCAGAAUAAAAUUUGCUUUAUUCCGGGGAUGGUUGGGCCCAUCUUGGAAAUGACUCUUAUUCCAGAAGUUGAACUACGAAAAGCCACAAUCCCAAUUUUCUUUGACAUGAUGCUGUGUGAAUAUCAGAGGACAGGAGAAUUCAAAAAGUUUGAAAAUGAAAUAAUUUUGAAGUUGGAUCAUGAGGUGGAAGGAGGACGAGGGGAUGAACACUACAUGCAGUUGUUUGAGUCCAUCCUAACAGAGUGUGCCAAGCAGCACCCUGGCAUUUCCAGCCUGGUGGAAAGCUUUGUGAGCCUGGUGAAAGGGCUCCUGGAGAGGCUGCUGGAUUAUCGUGCUGUGAUGAGCGACGAGAACAAGGACAACCGCAUGAGCUGCACCGUGAACCUGCUGAAUUUCUACAAGAACAUUAACCGUGAAGAGAUGUACAUCAGGUAUUUGUAUAAAUUGCGAGAUCUUCAUUUAGAUUGUGAGAAUUACACAGAAGCAGCAUAUACCCUUCUACUCCAUACGUGGCUCCUGAAGUGGUCGGAUGAGCCAUGUGCACCCCAAGUUAUGUCAACAGAGUUCCAGUGCUCACAGACCUACAGACACCUGAAAGAGAAUUUGUAUGAAAAGAUCAUAGAAUACUUUGACAAAGGAAAGAUGUGGGAAGAAGCCAUAUCUUUAUGCAAAGAACUUGCAGAGCAAUAUGAAAAGGAAGUUUUUGACUAUGAACUUCUAAGUCAAAACUUGAUCCAGCAAGCAAAGUUCUAUGAAAACAUCAUGAAAAUUCUGAGGCCUAAACCAGACUAUUUUGCUGUUGGAUAUUAUGGCCAAGGAUUCCCAACAUUUCUAAGGAACAAAGUGUUCAUCUACCGUGGCAAGGAGUAUGAGAGGAGGGAGGACUUCCAGGCCCAGCUGAUGAGCCAGUUCCCCAGUGCUGAGAAGAUGAACACGACUGCAGCGCCCGGAGAGGAUGUGAGGAACUCUCCUGGUCAGCAUAUCCAAUGUUUUACAGUGCAGCCAGUCCUGGAGGAGCAGCCUAGAUUCAAAAAUAAGGCAGUGCCUGAUCAAAUAAUAAACUUUUAUAAGUCAAACAACGUGCAGCGGUUCCACUAUUCAAGACCAGUCAGAAAAGGAUCUGUUGACCCUGAAAAUGAAUUUGCUUCUAUGUGGAUUGAGAGGACAUCAUUUGUUACAGCCUACAAACUUCCAGGAAUCCUGCGCUGGUUUGAGGUGGUCUCCAUAUCACACUGCACAAUUAGUCCUUUAGAGAAUGCUAUUGAGACUAUGUCCAUGACAAAUGAAAAGAUUUUGAUGAUGAUUAACCAGUACCAGAGUGAUGAGAACCUCCCUAUUAAUCCACUUUCCAUGCUUCUGAAUGGAAUUGUUGAUCCAGCUGUCAUGGGUGGCUUUGCUAAAUAUGAGAAGGCUUUCUUUACAGAAGAAUAUAUCAGGCACCAUCCAGAGGAUACAGAAAAACUGAACAGACUCAAAGAUCUGAUUGCUUGGCAGAUACCAUUCCUUGGGGCUGGAAUUAGAAUUCAUGAAAGAAGAGUUUCUGAUAAUCUUCGUCCUUUCCAUGACCGGAUGGAGGAAUGUUUCAUGCACUUAAAAGUUAAAGUGGAAAAACAAUAUGGAGCCAGAGAAUUGCCAGAGUUUGAUGACAAGAGGGUCGGGCGGCCAAGGUCGAUGCUGAAAUCCUACCGCCAGUUAUCCUUCAUCUCCAUGUGCUCCAUCAGUUCAGACUGCAGCACUCCCAAAAAACUUGCUUCAGAAAGCUUUGAUCUGGAAGCAGUGCUACCAAAGCAAGGAAAAGCAGAAUCAGAGGAGACUGCUCCGCAAAAUAAUCCUCAUCCUGAAGUCAAGAUGAGAAGGUCCAAAAAAAGAACAAAAAGAAGCAGUGUGGUGUUUGCUGAUGAGAAGACAGCAGCUGAUAUUUCUAUCACUGACAUGAAAUGUCUGUCUAGGAAAUACGAGUUCAUGAGUGACACCAACCUCUCAGAACACGUGGUGGCACCUCAGAAAACUUCUGUCCUCAAGCAGAUGAGCACUGUCAGUCGUUCCAUGCCAACUAUCCCAGGAUUAACUCUGUCUGUCAGCACCGUGGCACCCGAUGAAACAAUUGCCUCACACAGGCUGAGCCAGCCAGUGUUUCCUUCCACCUCAGAUGGUGACAAGAAAACCUUCAAAAAGAAGAAAGUGAACCAGUUAUUUAAAACAAUGCGCAUUUCCAAAGUUCUGGAAGAUGGAAAGCAGUCUGUGGAGCAGCAUUUCAAACCUUCAUCAACAGAUCUGUAAUCAAUUUUUACAAGACCACUUCUCAGCUGAAAAGAAUUAUAUCUACACAUAAAUAUUCUAUUUUAGAGCACCAUCUACUCUAAAGAAAAGCACUGAUGGAGAAUAUGAACAACACGCCCCAUGGGCUCUGAUAAGUUACUUGUGAUACAGACCAAGGAAUCCCAUUUGAGGAAAACACUGCAGGAUGUGUCCACUGGGCUCUGGGACAGAAACCUCUGUCUGUCCAGGUCAAAGGGAGCUGGGUGUUCCAAGGCUUGCUCCUGGGAAGUGACAUGUGUGUAAAGACCAGCAGCAACUCUCACUGUGUCACACAGCUCAGGCUCUGUUCUUUCCAAACAGCAGAGCUGGGGCUUUCUGGAGCUUGUACAGACACACUCCAGAUACCCUCAAACCCUCGCUGGCAGUGUAGCCAAGGCAACAGAUGGCUCAGCACAAAAGAGCCACUGCCAAUUUUCUGUGUGGCUGUAGCUGGGUUUGCAGCCCUCAGAUCCCUCUGCUGCUCCCAGCACACUGCUCUGUACCCUGAGUGUUCCCUGGGUGAUGCCCGUGGCUGUGACACCUCUGCCUGAGCUGUUUCCAGAACAGCAGCUACUAUGUGGAAAACAUGCAAAAGUUUAUUUACACAUGUACAAAUUGACCUUGCACCCAGCAGCAUGAUGAAGGAAAGCUACAUUUUCUGCUGUUCAAUAAAAUGUUACAAAUCUG